AUUGUUUCCAGACCAAUCGAGAAGCUUGUGGGUCCGCCAAUGUGCACCUCACAUAGUCACAUUCGAUUUGAUUUCUCCCAAUCCACUCACAUUCACGGUGGUUCCAGAGCAAUCUGUUUUGCAAGCAAAUGGAAGAAGUGAAAAAUCAACAGGUGAUCUUGAAGGAUUACGUUAAUGGCUUCCCCAAGGAAUCAGACAUGCUCCUUAAAACUUCCACCACCAUCCCCCUCAAGCUCCCACAAGGUUCCAAUGGCGUCCUCCUCAAGAACCUUUAUCUCUCCUGCGAUCCUUACAUGCGUGGUCGGAUGAGCAAAACUGAAGGCAGUUACUUCGAACCCUUCACUCCUGGUUCGCCAAUAACAGGACUAGGAAUGGCUAAAGUUGUAGAUUCUGGGCAUUCAAACUUCAAGAAAGGUGACCUAGUUUGGGGAGGAACUGGAUGGGAAGAAUACACCAUUAUCACUACUCCGGAGACCCUUUUCAAGAUUCAAGAUACAGAUGUCCCUCUUUCAUAUUAUACAGGAAUCCUUGGUAUGCCUGGUAUGACUGCUUAUUAUGGCUUCUAUGAGAUUUGUGCUCCAAAGAAAGGAGAGUAUGUCUUUGUUUCAUCCGCUUCGGGGGCAGUCGGUCAGCUUGUUGGGCAGUUUGCAAAGCUGACCGGAUGUUAUGUUGUGGGAAGUGCUGGAACAAAAGAAAAGGUUGAGCUGUUGAAGAAUAAAUUUGGAUUUGAUGAGGCUUUUAACUACAAGGACGAGCAAGAUCUUGAUGCAGCUCUUAAAAGGUACUUUCCAGAAAGGAAUUGA